AACGGACAAGUCAUGUAACUUGUGAAUUCCACUCUCCCUUUCCCUCUAAGAAAUCUUAAAGAGAGAGUCGACACAUUUCAAGAGAGAGAAAGUGUUGGGUUGAGUAAAGCUUCAAUAGAUUUUUAAAGCUUCAAAGUUUCAGAAACCCUAAUUAAGUGGCGCCCAAGAAAUCGUUAGAGAUCUCACCGUAUGGGAAAAUAUGUUCUCCAUUAAAGCUCUGCCCCCAUGUUUACCUGCGAGCUCAGUGAUGACAGCUUUCAGGUCGAGAAACCCCAAGUAAAAGACACCUUAGAAUUCGGGCCAAAAGCUCACAGCCUCUAGCUCUCUUUACACAUCCAGCUCCAUUACCAUGCUUACUGAUAAACUCACUACUAAUGGCUCUGCCAGCCAGGAUGAGGGAUGGAAAAGCACUCCUUCUAGGAGAGCCAGGCAUCAAAACUCUGUUUCUCCUCAUCUCUCCUCCGGUAAUCGACCGCGAGCUCCUCAGUUCAAUAACGGGUAUAGGAACAGUGGUCAGGUUGAGGCCAUUAAUGGAAGAAGUCAGCUGCCAAAUAAGGGGAAUUCGAGGCCUCAGAGAGUGAGCUCCAUUGGUCCUCCUCUUUCUAAUGGCUGGCAAUGGAAGAAUAGGGACCCACAUCCUCCUGGAUAUGGUGGACAAAGCUCAAAAAAUGGCGAGAUAUCCAAAUUUGAGGAGGCAGGGUACUCAGAGUUGGGGAAAUCUGGUGGGAAAACGGCUAAAUUUAGAAGUGAUCUAGAGCCUGCGUUUCUUCCUUUUGAGCAAUCAGGGAAAAUAAAGGACCCAUCAUCAAACUAUGAUUUGAGCGGUGGGUCAAAUGAUGAAAAUGUAGAUUUCGACGAUGAGAAUGACGAAGAAGACGAGCUGAUGUGGAGUGAUGACGAUUGCGAUUCUGAUGGUGGUGAGUUAAGCUCAGAUAUGAUACGAAAUAGCAAAUGGUUUAAGGGUUUCUUUGCGCUUGUCAGCUCCUUGCGCUCUGAUGAAAUAAAUGAGCCAAACGACUCUUUCCAUUGUCCUGCUUGCAAAGGUGGGGUUGGUGAGGUUGAGUGGUACAGGGGCCUACAGCCCAUCUUGUCUCAUGCCAAGACUUUGAGCUCCAAGCGAGUGAAGCUGCAUAGGAAGUUUGCAGAAAUCCUCGAAGAGGAGCUGAGGAGUAAGGGGGCUAACUUUCUGGUCCUAGAGGAGAUGGUGGGGAGGUGGAGGGGCUUGCAGGCAGAUAAUGACCGAGAAAUUGUUUGGCCUCCUAUGGUCAUCAUCCAAAACACUAGGUUCGAUCAUGAUGAUCAAGGACAGUGGCUUGGAAUGCGAAACGAGGAUCUGAUGGAAUAUUUCAGUGGAUACAAAGCCAUGAAGGCUAGGAAUGCUUAUGGGCCAUCUGGGCACCGUGGGAUUGGUCUUCUUAUCUUUGAAAGCUCUGCCAUGGGCUACCUAGAAGCUGAACGUUUGCACAAGCACUUCCUAAAAGAAGGACGAGGUAAAGAUGAAUGGGAAAAUCAUCGAGGAUGGAAGCACUCAGCUGGAAAGCGCAUUCUCUAUGGAUACAUGGCUACAAAGGAGGAAAUGGAAAUUUUUAACAGGCACUCCAAAGGCAAACAAAAGGUGAAGUAUGACAUAGAGUCAUACCAUAUGAUGGUUGUGGAGCCCUUGAAGAAGAUGGAUGAAGAUAAUCAAGAGCUUCUCUCACUUCACCGAAAGGUUUCAAAAGAAAUAGAGCACAGUAAGACUUUGGAGGAAACAUGCAAUGUCAUUGGACAAAAUCUACGCAUUCGUGAACAAGAAAUCAAGAUUAUAAGGCAAAGAGCCACUGAACAGCUUGAGGAGUCCAAAGAGGAGAUGGAUUAUCUGGACCGAAUUUAUGAAGAGAAAAUCAGAAAAUUGACUGAAGAUCUUGAGAAAAGAGAAAAGCAGCUAGAGAAGGUGCAAGAUGCAUUGAAGACAACAUACUUGGAUCGGUGCCUUGAGCUCGAAAUGCAAUUCUCUACCAUCAUGAUCACUGCAGAUUCUGCAGAUGGGGAGCAGAAAGAAAAAAAGAUCAGGAUCGAAGAAGAAAUGGCAAGGCAGGCUAUGUUAGCUGAGAUAAGCCUCAAGAAUUCCGAGGACUAUGAACUUGAGAAGCAGUCUUUGCUGGAGGCACAUCACAAAAAGCUAAUGGAAGCGAAAUGCCGUCACCGUGAAGAGGAAGUGGCCUUGGAAAGAGAGAUGGAGAAAAAAAGAAUCGAGCUAUUGCAGAAAUACACCCUGAGUGCACAACCUAAAGAGUCUGAUCUCUCCCAAUGACCUACUAUAAACAAUGAAUGCUUCGAGAUAUUAAUGUUAGGGUUGUGUGACUUCUGUUAAUUUAUAAUUUCCACUUCGAGAUAUUAAUGUUAGGGUUGUGUGACAUCGGUUAAUUUAUAAUUUCUCUACAUGAACUUCUAUGACUUGGGAGAACCGCUUUAAAAGGGCUUUCUUAUCAUGUAUUUAUGUAUAUUAAAUACCUAUGUGUACCAUAUAUAGCUACUACGUAUCGGUUUCUAUGCUUAAAA